ACACACACACACACACACACACACACACAGUACAUAUAUGUUGAUCUUCAGCUGACAAGUUAAUGCUUUUAUUCCUACACAAUUCAGAGGAAAACAUUUACAUUUUUACUUCACUACAUUUAUUACAUUUAGCUAAUUAUUUUGAAUGCAGCACUUGAACUUUCUACAUUGUGAUAUUGCUACUUUAACUUAAAUAUAUGACUUAAUGUAUGUGUUAUUACGGAGGACUGGUAGCUCAGCAUAACUUGUUGUUGUUGUUGUUGUUGUUGUUGUUGUUGUUGAUGACAGAUUGUCCUCUUUGGAGUCUACUGUGGCCGGAGUCUUCGCUACUGCGUCAUCUGAAAGAGCUUUGGUGCCAAACAUCCAACUCACCUCCGUCUGUCAGCGGUUCCCUUUGUGUGAGGACAAAACCACAACGCAGAUCCUUUUGUGAGCGGGGUUCUGGCUGGAGGCCUGAGAUCUCUGAAAGUGUUCGGCAGCUCCUAUUGGAGGAGGUCGGCACCUCUAACCCUCUGUUCCCCGCUCACAUGUUCACCACCCGCUUCCUCAAGAGACGCGCUGACCACCAGCAGCAGAGCUCAGAACCAGAGGCUGUAACCGGAGUCACAAGCACCACACCGGUGGGAGGGAAGAGGAAGAGGAUGGAGGACGAGGGGGGAGUGUCUGUGAAGGUGGCCAAGAAGCAACGGGCCAACUGUGCAGAAGAAGAAGAAAAACCUGAGCCGGAGCCAACAAAAAGGGGGGGGCGUAGGAGACGAGCCAGGAGACCGAGGCCGGAGGGGGGGGCGAAUGAGAAAACUGCUCCCGUCCCGUCUGAUGACGACUCUGUGGUUGUGAUUGAGGACUCGCCGUCGGGAGAGAGGACUGGAAGAAAAGAUGUGUUGAGAGAGGACGUGUUAUGGACGGACAAAUACCAGCCCCAGCACUCCAGCGACGUCAUAGGUAACACUGGCUCAGUGAGGAGGCUGCACAGCUGGCUAAAGGAAUGGAAACUGCGUGCAGACCGAGAAGAGAGAAAAAAGCAGAAAGACAAGAAACAAGAGGAAGGCGACAAUGACUCGGACUGGGACUGUGGAGAAGAGGACUUCCAGGAUGGAGAGGACACGUUGUGUAACACGAUGCUCAUCACAGGACCUACUGGAAUAGGAAAGACUGCUGCAGUCUAUGCUUGUGCCCAGGAGCUGGGCUUCAAGGUGUUCGAGGUGAAUGCUUCCUCUCAGCGGAGUGGCCGUCUGAUUCUGUCCCAGCUGAAGGAAGCCACUCAGUCUCACCAGGUGGACAGUCAGGGGGUCAACGCCCACAAGCCCGCCUACUUCAACAGCUACGGCACAAGCAGCAGCGCCGGCCCUCUCAAGCUCGGCUCCUCGCCCAGAAAAGUGAACUCUCCUCGUAGGGCGGUUUCUCCCAGGAAACAGCCUCAGUCCCCAAGAGGGGCUAAAAGAGGAGGCCUGGCUCCCACCUCGUUAGCUAACUUCUUCAAAACGGGUCAACCCACCACCAAGGAGACGCCUAACACUAAGAAGAACGAACAGACAGCUGCUUCCAAGAAAGUCCUAAAAGCAAGCGAGUGUGUCAAUAAGCACAAAGAGCCCAAACCAGCUCCCACCCCGAAAGAGAAGAACAACGAGGAACAGAGCAAGAAGACGGCCACCUCACUCAUCCUGUUUGAAGAAGUGGAUGUUAUUUUUGAUGACGACUGGGGGUUUCUAGCUGCCAUCAAGACGUUUAUGACCACGACAAAGAGGCCGGUCAUCCUCACUACCAGCGAUCCUGCUUUCAGCACCGUGUUUGAUGGCAACUUUGAAGAGAUCCUUUUCAAAACGCCCUCAGUGUUGGAUGUUGGCAGCUUCCUGCGUCUGUUGUGUCUGGCGGAGGACACAAGGACAGACCUGUUGGACAUCAGCUCUCUGCUCAGACUCAACGGAUGUGACAUCCGGCAGAGUUUACUGCAGCUGCAGUUCUGGACCCGGAGCGCAGGAGGCCGCCGCGUCGCCAGACCAUUGACGCACACCGGCACACAGGUGACCGACGCUCUUCCUCUCUGUGACACCGGCUGCACUGAGAGCAUGCUGGGUCUGCUGAAUGUUGAACCUGAGGGAGACAUUUGGGAGCGGCUCAGGAGUCCGACGGAGGAGAUGUUGUGCUGGGAGCUACUGGCAAACAGCAAGCGACGAGGAGUGGACCUGCUCUAUUCCAACUUCGAGACGCUCUUACCUCUGCCACUCACACAGCUGAUUACCUCUACCUUCAAACCAGAGCAGUCUGUUUGUGCAUUACAACACCGUCCUUCUGUUAAUCCAGAAGAGCCGCCAUCACAGGCCAGGUCACCGCACACGGCGGAAUCGGCGGAUUGCUCGGACGACGGCAGUCCGAUCAAAAUGUCCAGCAGGAUGAGGAAGAGCAAGAAGUGGCACAGUUUACCUGACCAGGACGGACUGCACUCGGACUCGGACUCAGAAGACGGUUUUCUGUCUCUCUGCAAGCCGCAGGGCACUCCUCAGGCAAAGAGAGGCAUCAAAGAGUGUUUAGUUUCGGAGACGGUGAAGAGGAAGCCGCUGACUCCCGAGGAGCGGGUGAGAAGUCUCCCGGUCUCCCAGUGUCUCGAAUCAAUAGCUGACUUUUUAGACGACAUGUCGUACAUGGACUCCUCUUUGAGGGUUCGUCCGGAAGGGGGCGAUAAUCCCAGAGGGAUGUCACCGGCCAGUGCCGUGGUGAAAGACGGGAUGACGGACGAGUCGAGGGUUGAGACCGACGGGGGGAGCUGGGAAAGAGGGGAGCACGUCCUGGAGAUCCCAGCUGCUGUGGAGGCUCUGAGCUUCUACAAGUGUCGGGUUUCGGUAGCGGAGGCCUGGAACAAAGUCCAGCAACUAGAAGGGGAGGUGGGGCGGGAGGCUGUAGCAGAACUCACCCUCCCUGUGGCCGCCCAUCGGGAAGGUUACAGCUUCACUCAGGACGGUCCCUGUCAACCACAGCUGGUCCAGCGGAGGAGAGAAGUGAUGGAGAGGCUGAUGUUCAGAGGAGUGUUUGGCACUCCGGCCAACAGACCAGCAGCUGCUCUGGACUACCUGCCAGCCCUUCGCACCAUCUGCAGAUCAGAGCGGCUUAAGGAGCAGGGCAAAGUUAAACGGAGGUUCCUGCACUACCUCGAUGCGAUCCACCUGGGUGUUGAAAAAAGCACUCAACAGCAGCUUGCUGAAGACUUCCCCUGAACCACAGAGUCUCCUCCUCAUCACAGGGGCCACACUUUAUAGGGUCCGUGCAUUUCGGCUGUCGGUGUGGAAGAAAAAAAACACUUUUACAGUUGGUGUUGUGACACGAGGAUGGAUAAAGUCCGGCAGCAAUAUACGUCACUGUUACCUUUUGUCUCUUUUAUGAUCGUGGCCUCGACAUGAGAUGAGCUGGUCACAGCUGCGUGUGCAAAGAGGACUUCCUGGUUCCCCGUAUUUCUUUUGAGAUGAAAUGAAUAUUAAAGUUAUUCUCACCUGGAGAAACUCACAGCUGAACAACCUCAAAUGCUUUCAGCGCAUCUUAUGAUGCUUUCAACGAAUGCACUGAAGAUUUCUACUUUAUAUGAUUUUUGUAAUAUUAAGCUGUGUUUAAAGAGGUUUUUUUUUUUUUUUUUUGUACAGUAGUGUUUUAUAUGUUGACACCGCUUUCCAUUUUGCAAAGUGUUUUUUAUCUUGUAGAAAUGUAUUUUGAGGAGCAAGUGUGUAUCACUAAUGUAAGAGAUUAACAUGUAAAAUAUCAUUUGUAAAGGCUGUGUGUACAGCGUCAUUCUCCACACAAAGUACUGUUGGUGCACUCAGGAUCUUUUUAAAAGCGUGUCAACCCUAAAUCACCUUCACAUUUGUUUUUUUGUUUUUCAAUUGAUCUUUUUUCGGUCUUGAAUAUGUACACAUUAU